GUGACCCCACCACCUCCCUGAGCAGCCUGUAAUUGGUGAGCAUGGAGUGUUAUCCCAUCUGGAUGAGGCUGUCCUACCCUCACAAGCCUCAUCCGAAGCAGAGAGAGGAAAAUCAGGGAUGAGUGACACCUCGCUUUCCUGGAAGAGUGAGGCCAGCGCCUGGCACAGAUGUUGAAAAGCCAGCGUGGGAGAGGCUGGAUGUGAAGAGUGACAGUUCUGGACGACACUAAGUGGCUCACAGCAGGCUCUGCUAUUUGCAUGGCACGAAUAAUCAUUUCAUGAUUAAAAACAACAACAGCAAAUGGGAGCUAAACCAAGAUAAAAUCAGAGAGCGCUGUGCAAACACUGAGGGCACAUGAGAACUGGCUCAGCCCACAGCUUUAACCCAAUAACCCCAUCAGUCCUGGACUCCACCUCCUACUUUGUCACCUGUUUUCUCCUGCAGGCUUCUCACUCAUCUCAGCUGCAUUUCAAGUGCAAAGCGAUAAAGGGUGACAGUAUUUCUGCAGGCUCUGAACAGCAGAAGCAAAUCCCAGCAAAUAAAAAACACUUUGGGUGGGAGGUUGGGGAAAAGGAAAGAUUUGCUGAAAGAUGAACUUCUUUGGAGCACCGAAACACUAAUUACAUUAACUCCUUGCUCUCCUUGAUUCCUGCUUCUGGGGGCAAGGAGAAAUGCUUUGUGGUCGGUCUGAGCUGGGCUUUAAAUGUCCCUUCUGAUUCAAUCAAUUCUAUAAUUCUAUGAUUCUACUUUUGGCUAACUCCCAUUAACCAGAUCCCCAUUCACUGUAACCAACCAACUAUACUGACUUUGGGUUUCUGUUGUAAAAAACUCAUCUGCUUUUCCAUCCACAGACUUUGUGAUUUCUUCCUCCCUUACCCACUGCACAAAUGAAGACCAGCCAUGAUGGAUCCAAGCCAUCCAAAACCCACACCAUCAAAGCCGGAGAGCUGAUUCUCUCCCCUCACUCCAGGAAUGGAGACCACCAUGAAAAACAACUCGCACAAAUUACAUCAAAAUGGGCCCAUCCUAAGAACCAUGAAGAAAACACGAUGCCACCCCAGGCAGAUGACAUCUUGCUUGGUCAGAGGGGAGCUCAGAUGUCAGAUGUCUGUAAUGGCAGCUUUAGCCUGGGACAUGUUUCUGAAGAGAUCAACCUCAACAGCUCAGAGAAAAUCCCCCACCAGGACAGCAAUGCAAACAGGAACAAGGAUAGGGUAUUAAAGAAAUCCUCAGCUGUGCAAAAAGUGAGAAAUGAGCCCAAGGAUUCUCCGUCCAAGGAUGUUUUCUUGUUUUGGGCCAACAAAGUUAGCAACAGCAGCAAAGGGAGCAGAACCUUCCCAAAGCUACUGCAGAAGUCAUCUGUGACUGCAGGAAACUCCUCUCCAGCUCUCCUUCCCCAGGAAGGACUCAGCUUAAAAGAAGAGAAUCAGACUGAAAAACCCCAAAGAAAGACCAGAAGAGAUCUCUUCUCUGACACAAAUGUUUUCAGCCAUAUAGACACUCACGUCCUCCAUGUGAGCCAGCAGCUGAAAUCUGGGCACACCAGGAUGUCAGUCCAGGCCAUCGUUCCCCUGAUCACUGCCAAAUCCCAGAGCAAACUGGAGAUGGUGUGGGCCAUAUGGUUCUGGCUUUGCCAUAACAUUGAAUAUGAUGUGGAUGGCUUCCUGGGGCUCUCUCAGAAGAUCCACAUGCCAGAGCAGGUCCUGCAGACGGGGAGAGCUGUGUGUUCUGGAUAUGCUCAUUUAUGCUGGGAAAUGUGCAGGGAGGCAGGUCUGAGCAGCGUGGAGAUCCCAGGGUUCAGCCGAGGCCCAUGUGCCCGUGGAGGUCGGCAGUGCCAGCAGCAGAAGAACAGCCACAUGUGGAACGCAGUGCAGCUGGAAGGACAGUGGUGGCUCCUGGAUGCCUGUUGGGGUGCAGGCACUGUGGACAUAGAGAACAGGUUGUUUGUGCCCAGGCAUGAUGAUUUCUUCUUCCUCACUGACCCUGAGCGCUUCAUUGAGACCCACUGGCCGGAGGACCCCGCGUGGCAGCUCCUGCAGCCCCCCAUCUCAUGGGAGGACUUUGAGCAGAGAGUGUUUAAAACUUCAGAAUUUUUCAGACUUCAGCUCUGCCUCCUUUCUCCGAACACCUCCCUCCUCAGAACAGGUAAAUACAAAGCAAGGGGUAAAUCCAAGUAAUAUUAAACCUAGCUUGCCUUUAAGAAGCCCAAAUUAAGGAUGUUUCUCAUUCAAAAAUGCACCAUCUGUUAAUCUUUGGGGUCCCUUCCAAUUCAAACCAUUCUAUGAUCUGUCUAUUUUUAAACACAUGUUUAACAUCCAGUAGAGCAGAGGAACAUAUUUAAGCAAUUUCUGGAGUCAUGGCCAUUGUGUGAUACUGCGAUUAGUAAACUGGGAAUUAGGAUUCAUAAAUCAUAGCUAAUGGAGCCAAAUCACUUAGACCCUUUUGUGCAUGGCUUUUCCCCUCUAAAUUGGCCAACAGUAGCAAAAUAGUUUCAAGAUACCUGAGACACAAUCCUCAUUGUGUUCACCAGAUGGGGAGGGACACUCCCAGACAAAACGUGGCCUGAAACAGUCACGUCCCACAUUCUGAAAGGGAGGUGGAGUUGUUUUUCCUUGAUUGUAGUUUUCUGACAGUUUUUCAGGUCAGAUGCAUCGUGAUAGGUACAUGUAUUUUUUUGGACACAUUUUGUACAUCUAUUGCCCUGGAUGGUUUCAUGUGCAUAUAGAUUUCUCCUGCAGAGUUUAUCAGCAGAGCCAGACAGAAGAUAAAGCUAUCUCAGACUGUAGUUGGGCUUACAGAAAAUGAAUGUACAGCAAGGCCCACAGGGAGGAUUUUGACUGGGAGGAUUUAUUACUUACCCAGGAGAGAAAAUCCUCCAGUAUUUCCAGGACACUGGACAUUGCUGAAAUGGACUGUUGCUACCUUUGGAGCAGCAAGAAGCCUGCACAAAUCCAGCGAAAUUGGGAAUAGUUGAGAGGCUGGUGAUACCUUUAUGCAGAAAACUUAUGGUGCCUCUCCAUGCAGAAGCUCAGAGCACGCCAGGGAAGGGACUUGGUCUUCUACCAAGGGCCAUACAGCCCCAGUGUGGAAAGCCACUUUCCAUCAUCUAUCAGUGUUCCUGGUCAAGUGACGAGGACUCAGAGGAAUUGGAACAGGUUGCCCAAG